GAUAUUCCUGAAUGAACGGCUCGCUCCUCACCCCACACCUCCGCCCGGCUCCCGCCUCCCUCCCGCCACUCGCCGGUGUCUCUUCGAGGCGCAGCCAGUUUCUAUAGCGACGGCGCUGAGCCGCGGCUCUUCCGAGUAGUAACAAAGCCGGCCGCCCGCUGCCGCGCCGGGGCUGCGGGGGGAAGCGGCUGCCGCUGCCGAGGACGCCCGACAGUUUUUGCCCAUGUGGAGAAGAAAAGGCAUUUCUUGUGUUCUGCGCAAGUGAACCUUUCCAAGGAGUUCUUUUUCAUGGAAAAUGGACACCUGGCUCAGAGUAAAGGACAUGCAGUGCACAGUCCCUAGCAGAAGCUGAAAAUGGAUGAUGUCUACUGAUGCUUUUCAAUGAUGUCAUCUCCUCUUUUUCUGUUUGAGAUGGGUGAUAGGAAAAUGUUCUAAGACUGAGUGACCUCUUCAUCCCUUGACUUCUCUUUCCACAAGCCUGAAAACCAUCUGAAGAAAUGACCACCCAGCUACCAGAGGAGUCUAUGGAGACCCAGAGCUCAGAUGAGCUCGAGUGCAAGAUCUGCUACAACCGCUAUAACCUUCGGCAGAGAAAGCCAAAAGUGCUGGAGUGCUGUCACAGAGUGUGUGCCAAAUGCCUUUGCAAGAUCAUAGACUUUGGGGAUUCCCCACAAGGAGUCAUAGUGUGCCCAUUCUGCAGGUUUGAAACGUGCCUGCCGGACGAUGAGGUCAGUAGUCUUCCUGAUGACAACAACAUCCUUCUGAAUUUAGCUUGUGGGGGAAAGGGAAAGAAGUGCCUACCAGACAACCCAACAGAACUGCUGUUGACUCCCAAAAGGCUGGCAUCUCUGGUUAGCCCUUCUCACACCUCUUCUAAUUGCCUGGUUAUAACAAUCAUGGAAGUACAAAGAGAAAGUCCCCAGACUCUGAACUCAACCCCCGUGGUGGAAUUUUACAGGCCUACAAGUUUUGACUCUGUUGCAACUGUGUCCCACAACUGGACAGUGUGGAACUGCACAUCUUUGCUCUUCCAGACCUCGAUUCGGGUGCUAGUGUGGUUGCUAGGGCUGCUGUACUUUAGCUCCUUGCCUUUAGGGAUUUAUUUACUGGUAUCCAAGAAAGUCACCCUUGGGGUUGUCUUUGUAAGCCUUGUUCCUUCGAGCCUUGUUAUUCUCAUGAUUUAUGGCUUUUGCCAGUGUGUUUGCCAUGAAGUUCUAGACUGCAUGUCAUCUUGAUAACAAAUACAGUAAAAAAAGGUGUAUUACCAGAUGUGUAGCAUAGUUGAUUUCUCCUGGUUUUGUAUUCUUUGUAUUCUUAUUUAUUCUUAUUGUCCAUCCCACUAAAUGGAAGCAGUUACAUGGUCCCUUUUUUUCCAACUGAAUUUGACACCCCUCACCCCAAGCAUUUUUUGAGCUAAGAACUGGAAAUAAAAAUUGCAUGUUGAUUUUGAAGGGCUGAAUUUUAGAAAGGGAUAAAGCCAAAUCACCAAACUUGGUGCCUGCUGCUGCUGCCACUGUUUAAAUGAGUAGGACUUUGCUUUGUAUUGGACUGAUCAAGUCAGUUCAUGCUAUAGGAUUCAUCCAGGAAGAAAUUACUGUAGCAGACACCUUCCAGAUGCAAGUACUGCAUCUCUUAACCCAAAGCAUCUCAUGCUCUGAAAUACCUGUUAUUUAUAAUCCAUCAUCAUUUAUAGCAAAUUAAAUCACUCUAUUAGUUAAUAGUCUGAAGAAGAAUAAAACAAACUACCAAUUUUUUAGUUCUUGCUACAGCAAAAAUACUUGUGGGAGGCCAAUUUUUUUUUUUUAAUGUUAAAAACUUGUCUCCAGAACACUUUCCCCAAAGAGAAGCCCAUUUUUCCUUGUCAUACAGUUUCAGCUCACUGUGAAAUAUUCCUGCUAACGAGUACUUCUGGGGACCCAGCCAUGUGCUUGAUGUUCUCCAGGUGCGCUUAUUUUAGUGUACACACCUUAGGCUUCCCUUUGAGGGUUCAGAGCUCUGCAAAUUUCUCUAGCUGUGUUCUGUUAUGCUUACCCCACCUCCCAGCAUUUCCACCACCACAUUUCCAAGCCACCAGUCCUUCCUAAUGGACGACCAACCUCAUGCACACGUACUCUGUGGUAGCUGUGCUGGAGAAUUUGGCUUAUGUGACUUUAGCUCUCAAGAUAGACUUUUAUUCCCAACCAUUAGGAAACAGAUCUUCAAUCACUAAUACAAAUUUAAGGGAAAAAAUCUGAAAUGGUUAACUGGGGUUUUAUUUGUUGGUUUUUUUUUUUUGGGUUUGUCGGUUUGUUUGUUUGUUUUUGUUCUGAGUUCACAGAAUGAGCACUGUAAGGAGAUAAUGUGCCUUUGGGAAGAUUUUUGUUUAAGGCAUAGUCCUUCAAAAUGUUUUAAUACUCUGAACUCCCCCUGUCACCACUGUGAGUUGAUGGCAAUCUAUAUGUGGUAAUUAGCAUGUCUCCAUUAGUGGAGCUCAGAGGAAUUAAUGAUACUUUACCAUUCCACAAAUAGAACCAGGCCCUGUAAGGCUUGCUUGUAUUUUGCAUGGUUUAGGCUAUUUUUUGAACUACUGGAAGAACACAAAAAUAAGUAAUAUUUAAUGUUUAUGUAUAUAACUAGGUCUAGCAACACCGCAGCUGCAAACUGGUUUUCUUGUGCACAGCAGAGUGGAGUUGAGCAGUGCAAGCCUGGUUUUUGGGUUUGGCACAAGACUUAGUCAUUUCAGGGCAGUGUAAAAGGGAGAGGGGUUUGUUGCAUGAAAAUUGAAUGUAUGGCCUAACAAUAUACUCUUAGAGCAAACAGACUUUGGUAAGAAUGAAAAAAUGACAGUGGGAAAAGCAGAGCCUGUCAAGAGGAUUUGAAGUUAAACUGGUUCAAUUUUUGUAGAUGGCACAGGUGGUAUCUGCAGUUUUAUUCCUAUUGCAGACAGAGAAAAUGUGGAAAUGUAAAGGUCCUGCUUUUCUUGACCCUCAUUUUCUAAUAGUGCAUAUAUAUGUGUGUGUAUGUACAUAUAGACACAUAUGUGAGAAGAAAACUUACAGCCAAAUCAUAGUUUUCCAGUGUAUGGAGUUAUGGAGCUAUGUAUUGAAUGAUUAAAGGAAAUGUUUCAGACUUUUCUGUAAUGACAAUAAUUAUACCUAAAAUAUUUUCAGAAUUCCUAGAAAAUGCUGUUCCUAAGUAGUUGUUUUUAAUGUUUGUGGUAAAGCACAUGUAGUUAGAAGAGGAAUCGUCUCCAGUCAAGGUUUGACUCAUCUAUGAACUCAUAAAUUUUAAGUAUCAAACAACAAUCAUGUCAAAAAGAAAGAAAAAUAGAAACCUAUGUGGUUUUAUAGAACUUCAUGACUUUUGGAAAGAUGUAUUUGUAGUGUUAGGGGUUUAUAUGUUUUAGGAUUUGUUCAAUUUGUCUGAAUAUAGUGUCUCUAAUAAAGGGCUAACAGAGGAUAUAGGUUUUGCAAAUGUGUGAUAUAUAUGAAUUACUUCUGUACAACAUGCUCUACAGUGCUACCUGUUGUUUUUUCCUUUUGAUUUUCAGCUGAUUAUCUUAGCUCCAGCAGCAGAUAUUUUGUAGUCUGUUUUAAAACAGAGCCUAAUUGUAGCAAAAUUACAGUGGUAUCAGUUACACAUCACAGCACAAAUUAAUACACCUGUUGUUAUACUUCUCUACUUUUCAGACUGCCAGCCCAUUAAAUUUAUGCUGUUAUUGCAGGCUGUGCUGCAUUUCUCACCCACUCAAAGAUGCAAGUGUGCAAAAGCAUAUUGAUUGUACAG